CAGGUUGCAUUGAGCUGGUCGCAAGGCAGAUCGUCGCUGGAGAGAUCGGGCGCUGGGACCGGUCACCGCCAUAACACAACAACUUGGUUGCAAGGUGCUCCAUUCAAAAGCUGCAUCUCGCUAAGGAAAAAUAUCGCCCCUAAAUCAACACAACAACAAAAUAUCGCUGUUUCAAGAACAUCUUUAUAUAGAUUGUUUAUGUACAUUUGAAUUGCAUAAGCAACAAAGUAAAAGUGCUUAGGGGAAAGUGAUAUCAAUGUUUUGAAGUAUUAUGGAUGUUGAGGUGAUACACGUUGAAAGCCCAGAAGAUGAAGGUCAUCAGCUUUAUUUACCAUGGAUAAAGUGGGAAAGCACUCAGGAGCACUUAGAGCAUGAACUGGAGGCAAAAUUUGUUCAAUUUGGUCUCAUACACCGAAUAUCUGUUUACAAAAGCAGAUUUACAAAUAUAGAAGAAACUGAAAACAUAUGGUUUGCAUAUGUUUCAUUCUACUCCACAUGGGAUUUUGAAAGGGCUCUUCAAUUUGAUGGCAAAAUUAAAAUUGGAGGCAGUGAAAUUAGAAUAAAAAGAAAGGGAACUGUCAGACUGCAAAAGAGAAUUCUACUCCCUCCCUACAAGGCCCAAGACUUGCUCACUUAUUAUCUUGGAUUUAAUUGUUGGAUAUCAAAAGUUAUAUAUAUGGAGAGGGAAAAAGAAGUUGAAGUGCCUGAUGUUGUACGAUAUGUUUGCAUGGUACACAUCCAAAUUCCAAGGGAGGAACUUUGCAGUGAAGGAGUGGGGAUAGGUGAGGUCCCUUUUAAUAAUGCCUCUCCAGUAUCAUGGGGAUAUUCAAUUUGUUGUGCAAGGAGAUUUGCAUUUCAAUCGGCAAUGAAAGCGGCAUUUUCCAAAUUCAUUAUCAUCAGACUUAAAAAUGGGAAGGUAACAGUAGAAGUUGAUACCACACAGUGUGAUCCCCUAAAAUAUGAUUCAGCUUUGGACAAACCACUUAUCAAGGUAAAUCACAUAAACUAUGAUCCAGACGAUGAGGAAAAUUGUGAGGAUUUGGAUAAUAUUACUGAAGAGCAAUUAGAAGAACUUCUUAAUGUAUCUCUGUGAUUUGUAUAAUCUGAUUUGUGAUUUGUAUUUUUAAUGAAAAUCUUGUUCAGCUAUCAAAUAAAUACAGUACUGUAUAUUUUAAUUUGUGUUUUGGUCUUGUUGAUACAGUGACAGUUUUACUUUUGAGUUGGUGCUCAGUAGCUGAUGAUCUAAGUGGUUGUGGACUGUUCUUUCACUUUUUUUACAUUCUAGUUUCUUGUUUUUAUAUUCCCUUCCAAGUUAGGUAUAGUUGUGCUGGGUUAGCGCUUUCUCCUAUGAGGCAUUUUUCAUUAGUUAAUGUGUACCAGUACUGUAGACUCUCUUGUACUAUCAUUUGUCAGAAAAAUAGUUUUGGUAGUUAUUUAAUCCUUCCCAACCAUAAACCAAAUUUCAUUUCUAUUAAAUUUUGUUAUUGUAGAGUCCUUCACAUUUGAAUAAAAAGUUUUAUUUAAUAUCCAACAACUUUUAAAAAGUCUUUUACAUCACUUAUUGCACACAAAUAUUGUUGGAAGACAGUUCUUAAAAGUUAACAAUCAAAACACUGCAGUUAUUAUUAUUUAUCAUUGUAAACACUAAUACCUGUACAGAAUACACAAUAUUACAAUAAACUGUUUUUAUAAAA